CAACUCUUAUCUGUUGUAUGAGUUGCUGCACGGUAUUUUCCUUUCGUUGUCCUGUCCUUUUGCCCUUGCAUGACCUAAGUUCGCCACUUGCACCUUUCCCGCAUGGAGUGUCGGAGAAAGCCUGGCUGAGGGAUUCAACAUGGCUGCCUGCGCGAUCAGACGCGGUCUCCUGUCAGCAGUCGGCAGGUAUCACAAGUCCAGUCCGCGGAUUCUCGGCUGGGAAAGCGGACCGUACGAACGAAGGUGGCUCGUCUUAUCGUCGUGCACAACCUGCGGCCUCUCCGCUCAGCAGCAGCAGCCGACGCGUUUCUUGUCGUCCAGAAAUCGGCCUGAAGGUAAAGUUUUGGAAACAGUGGGGGUGUUUGAAGCUCCAAAGCAACAAGGAAAAUACGAAACCGGCCAGCUGUUUCUACACAGUGUGUUUGGAUACAGAGGAAUAGUUUUAUUCCCCUGGCAGGCCAGGUUGUAUGACAGGGAUGUUACACCUCUUCCCUCUGAAAGUAAACCAGAUAGUCCUGGAGCUCAUGGCUCAAAGGAGGUCACAGGUAAAACACACACUUACUAUCAAGUCCUAAUUGAUACAAGAGAUUGCCCACAUAUAUCCCAGAGAUCUCAGACUGAAGCCGUGACAUUUUUAGCUAACCAUGAUGACAGCAGGGCACUCUAUGCAAUUCCAGGCUUAGACUAUGUAAGCCACGAGGACAUCCUGCCUUACAACUCAACUGAUCAGAUUCCCAUCCAGCAUGAACUGUUUGAGCGCUUCCUUAUGUAUGACCACUCAAAAGCCCCUCCAUUUGUAGCCAGAGACACACUGCGUGCUUGGCAAGAAAAAAAUCAUCCCUGGCUGGAGUUGUCUGAUGUACACAGAGAGACAACAGAGAGCAUCCGUGUCACAGUAAUUCCAUUCUACAUGGGUAUGCGGGAAGCCCAAAAUUCACCUGUUUAUUGGUGGCGAUACUGUAUCCGGCUGGAAAAUCUUGGCAAUGAAGUGGUACAGCUAAGAGAACGGCAUUGGAGGAUAUUCAGCUUAUCUGGUACUCUUGAAACAGUGAGGGGGCGUGGAGUUGUAGGAAGGGAGCCAGUGCUGUCCAAAGAACAGCCAGCAUUUCAGUACAGUAGUCAUGUUUCUCUACAAGCACCCAGUGGCCACAUGUGGGGCACAUUCAGAUUUGAGAAAACUGACGGCUCCCAUUUUGACGUGCGCAUCCCUCCUUUUUCCUUGGAGAGCAACAAGGAUGACAAGGUACCCCCUGCAGGAUACAGCUGGUAGAAGAUAACUGGCAAGUGCAGUGCCAUUGAAGAAAUAAGCUUUGACUGAUAUGUUAGUUUUUUUUUUUGUUUGUUUUUUCUUUUAAUACCUGUGAAGAAAAUGAACCCCAGGAACGUGGGAAGACAUGCUUUUAUUGAGUCUACAGACUGCAGUAUAUGUAGGUUCAGCUUGUUUUGGCUGCAGCAGAGAAGCUCUGUAUGCUGUUUGUACACAGCAUGCAUGUGGAGUACAGUUUGGUGAACUAUGUCCGAAGUUAUUUGAAAAUAUAUUUUCUUUGUUGCCAAAUGGAACUUGCAUCAGUUUAAUGACUGUAAAAGAGUGAUACUUAAUGUAAGUAUUAUCAUCAGGCUGCUUUAGAGUUUAGUGGGUUGUGGUACUGUUUGCCAUGGUUUCCUGGAGGAAGCAUUCAAUCACAAAGGGAAGGUAACUGGAGAUGGCUCUUCAGAGCCAACAUACAAGCAAUUGCACAAUUUCAGUUAGCACAGCUGAAUUUGUGCUGUGUGCCUUGUGUAUAAGGACAUUCUGUGCUUAGCCAUAUGUGAUGAAUGUGAUUUGAAAGCUGGGUGAAUCCGGCUGAUGAAGAGCUCGAUUUCAAGGUGUAAUGGUCUUCUGCACACUUGCACUAAAGCCAACGGCUUUUUAUUUAUUGCUUUGAGAAAAUUAUUAGGAAGGUCUAUGAUUCUUUUAUAGGUUUCAGCAUCGGUUGAGUUAAAUUUUGUAAAGCUCUGCUUCAUCCUUUUCUAAAUUUUGAUGCAAAUUAGCAUAACUGACAAAAAUAAUGACAAUUCUUGGGAACACAGCCUCUCCUCUUAUUCUGCAUAUACAGAGAUGGGUUUGGCAUUUAUAGAUGACCUCUCUAAUCUUCUUUAGAUGCCACCUUUAGUUACUCUGAGGGUUUGUGGCUCCAUCCAGUUGGUUGCAGCAGCCACUGUGACUUGGAUAGAAAGAGAACGACCUUACAUUUUAAAACGGGGAGUUCCACUGAUGUCAGUAUGGCCAGCAAGUCAUUUACUGUAUCCAUGAAAAAGUGGCGAGUUUAAUUUUAACUAACUGUGGCACAGAAUGAAGAAUUAUUUUCCUGACAUCUGCAUAACAGUAACAUCACUAUCAUGAAAUGAAACAGUUUUCCAUCACUCGGUUAUUUGGCUAAAAAGUAGAACUUUUUUCUUUAUCUUGUUAAGCCAUUGGCCAUAAUGUGAGGGUUGAAAAGACACACGGGGAAGGGGUAGUGGAUUUGGAAAUGAGAAAGUUAGGGUUAAUGAGCUAAUUUUAGUAAGAAACUGUAACACUUGUCCAGCUAAGAGGCAGAAAGAACCACUUUUUGCCUUCACUGUUUAGCUGGGUAACCAUGCCAUUCAUCUUGAAUAAUAAUCAAACAAAAGUUAUCUUUGAAAAGUAAUUAAUGCCUUGGUAUUCUCUUUUCAGUUACUCUUUUACUUUCAAUAAGAAGACUAAGAUUCCAUGUGACUCUGAUGUUCUCCUAAGCAUGGUUUCGUUGAUCAGCCCUGCAUAUUGUGACAGUCACCAUGGUGUCCUUUUCAUAUUUUUUUAAUUUUUCACCUUCUUAUUUGUUUUGUGUAUUUCUGUAUUGUCUCUCGGGUUUUUCAGAAUCUCUGCAUGCUGCUUUCUGACAGUAAACUACGGUACAUGAAGGAAAUCAGUGAGAUAUUAAACAUACAUUAUGUUAAAGAAUGCAAGUAACAUCCCAUAUGUCAAGGCAUGUUCUUAAAAUUGUUGCAGACUGCAGUCUGUCCAGUGUCAGUAUACUUCACAAAAUAUGCUUCCAGAUCUACCAUACAAAUUAAGUACUGUAAUUAAUACUGUAAAAGGAUGAAUCAAGCUAAUACAAAACUGGAUUUUGCUUAUUAUUACCUCCCACAUUUCCUUGUCUUUGUAGAAUAAAAACAUUUUAGUAAGUAUAAAAAGGCAGUUGUGAGGAUUGCUUUUUUGUAAAUAGGAUUGCAAAAAAUAAAUAUUUAAGUUUUGAAACUUU